GGGGGCGGGGACCCAGGCGGGGCCACGGAAGCGGCGCGGGUUCUCAGGUGAACCCUCCGCGGUAGGGGUUCCCUCGCCAGCGUCUCGAACUCAGGGUCUGAAGGUGCACCGGGCGUGGGGCUUAGGUUAGGCGUGCAGAGGAGACCCGGGGUACCUUCUGAGAGUCUGGCUCUCGACUCCCUGGCCUGAGGCUGGAAGGGGCUCCGGACCUGAGGGGAGAAAAGAUGACUUCUCUAUCCCAAGGCUGGAACAGUUGAAGGAAACUACAGAACAAGAUGAGAACAACAAAGGUCUACAAACUGGUCAUCCACAAAAAAGGAUUUGGGGGCAGUGAUGAUGAGCUAGUUGUGAACCCUAAAGUGUUUCCUCACAUCAAGCUUGGAGACAUUGUGGAGAUUGCUCACCCCAAUGAUGAAUACAGCCCUCUGCUGUUGCAAGUCAAGUCACUUAAAGAAGACUUACAGAAAGAAACUAUCAGUGUGGACCAGACUGUGACUCAAGUGUUCCGGCUAAGACCUUAUCAAGAUGUUUAUGUGAAUGUUGUGGACCCUAAGGAUGUGACCCUUGACCUAGUGGAACUAACUUUUAAGGAUCAAUAUAUUGGCCGUGGGGAUAUGUGGCGACUAAAGAAAAGUUUGGUCAGCACAUGUGCCUAUAUCACUCAGAAGGUGGAAUUUGCUGGUAUUAGGGCACAGGCUGGUGAGCUGUGGGUCAAGAAUGAGAAGGUCAUGUGUGGUUAUAUCAGUGAAGACACCAGGGUGGUGUUCCGUUCUACAUCGGCUAUGGUUUACAUAUUUAUUCAGAUGAGCUGUGAAAUGUGGGAUUUUGAUAUUUAUGGGGAUCUGUAUUUUGAGAAAGCUGUGAAUGGUUUCCUUGCUGAUUUGUUUACCAAGUGGAGGGAGAAGAAUUGUAGUCAUGAAGUGACAGUUGUCCUGUUUUCUAGAACUUUCUAUGAUGCAAAAUCUAUUGAUGAAUUUCCUGAAAUAAACCGAGCCUCAAUUCGACAGGAUCACAAAGGGCAAUUCUAUGAAGACUUUUACAAAGUGGUGGUGCAGAAUGAGCGAAGGGAAGAGUGGACUUCACUCCUUGUAACCAUUAAAAAGCUCUUCAUCCAGUAUCCAGUGUUGGUUCGACUGGAACAGGCAGAGGGCUUUCCUCAAGGAAACAAUUCUACCUCAGCACAAGGAAACUACCUAGAGGCCAUCAAUUUGUCAUUCAAUGUGUUUGACAAGCACUACAUCAACCGCAACUUUGACCGAACUGGGCAGAUGUCUGUGGUGAUCACACCUGGGGUGGGUGUCUUUGAAGUGGACCGCUUACUCAUGAUCUUGACCAAGCAGCGGAUGAUAGAUAACGGAAUUGGUGUGGACUUGGUGUGCAUGGGAGAACAACCAUUACAUGCUGUUCCGUUGUUCAAGGUAAUUAGAUUUUGGAUUUGCUUCCUAAAGCUACACAAUCGGAAUGCUCCUCGGGAUUCUCGCCUGGGUGAUGACUAUAAUAUUCCUCACUGGAUAAACCAUAGUUUCUACACAUCUAAAAGCCAACUCUUUUGUAACAGUUUUACUCCACGAAUAAAAUUGGCAGGCAGGAAGCCUGCCUCUGAGAAAGCAAAAAAUGGCCGUGAUACAUCUCUUGGGACUCCAAAAGAAUCCGAGAAUGCACUUCCCAUCCAAGUAGAUUAUGAUGCCUAUGAUGCUCAAGUGUUCAGGCUGCCUGGCCCAUCCCGGGCUCAGCGCCUCGCCACCUGCAGGUCUGUGCGAGAGAGGGAGAAUUAUAGUCGAAAAAGUGCCAGCUCCUGUGAUGUCUCAUCCAGCCCAUCCCUGCCAAGCCGUGUGCUGCCCACUGAAGAAGUGAGGAGCCAAGCUUCUGAUGACAGCUCCCUGGGCAAAAGCACUAACAUCCUGAUGAUCCCACACCCCCACUUGCACCAGUAUGAAGUCAGCAGCUCCUUGGGCUACACCAGUACUCGAGAUGUUCUGGAGAAUAUGAUGGAGCCACCCCAGCGAGACUCUAGUGCACCAGGGAGGUUCCAUGUAGGCAGUGCAGAGUCCAUGCUACAUGUUCGACCUGGUGGAUACACACCCCAGCGCGCACUGAUUAACCCCUUUGCCCCUUCACGAAUGCCGAUGAAGCUGACAUCUAACAGACGGCGAUGGAUGCACACUUUUCCUGUGGGACCAUCCGGAGAGGCAAUCCAGAUCCACCAUCAGACCCGACAAAAUAUGGCAGAGCUUCAGGGCAGCAGGCAGAGGGACCCAACUCAUUCCUCUGCAGAGCUAUUGGAGUUAGCGUAUCAUGAAGCAGCUGGAAGGCACAGUACUUCUCGCCAGCCAGGUGACGGCAUGUCCUUCUUGAACUUCAGUGGAACAGAAGAGCUUUCUGCCAGCCUGCUUAGCAACAGUUGUGCAGGUAUGAAUCCUAGGACCCAGAAUAAGGAUUCUCCAGAAGACAGUAUUUCUACCUCUCCAGACCCAAUUCUGACACUGUCUGCUCCCCCUGUAGUGCCAGGCUUCUGUUGCACAGUUGGAGUGGACUGGAAAUCUCUCACUACUCCGGCAUGCCUCCCCCUCACCACCGACUACUUCCCUGAUCGUCAGGGCCUGCAGAAUGACUACACAGAGGGCUGCUAUGAUCUCCUCCCAGAAGCAGACAUGGACAGGAGGGACGAGGAAGGUGUGCAAAUGACGGCACAGCAGGUGUUUGAAGAGUUCAUUUGCCAGCGUCUCAUGCAAGGAUACCAAAUCAUAGUACAGCCCAAAGCACAGAAACCCAACCCUGCUGUCCCACCCCCACUGAGCAGCAGCCCACUCUAUAGCCGAGGCCUUGUGUCUCGAAACCGCCCUGAGGAAGAGGACCAGUAUUGGCUAAGUAUGGGCAGAACUUUCCACAAAGUGACUCUGAAGGACAAAAUGAUCACAGUGACACGGUACCUUCCCAAAUACCCGUAUGAAUCUGCUCAGAUCCAUUACACCUACAGCCUCUGCCCUUCCCACUCAGACUUGGAAUUUGUCUCCUGUUGGGUAGAAUUCUCCCAUGAGCGGCUGGAGGAAUACAAGUGGAAUUACUUGGACCAGUAUAUUUGUUCUGCAGGUUCUGAGGAUUUUAGCUUAAUUGAAUCUCUGAAGUUCUGGAGGACUCGCUUCCUGCUGCUGCCAGCCUGCGUCACUGCCACCAAGCGCAUCACAGAGGGGGAGGUCCACUGUGACAUCUAUGGGGACAGGCCCCGUGCAGAUGAGGAUGAAUGGCAGCUCCUGGAUGGCUUUAUCCGUUUCGUGGAGGGCUUGAACCGGAUCCGUAGACGACAUCGUUCAGAUCGCAUGAUUCGCAAAGGGACUGCUAUGAAAGGCUUGCAGAUGACUGGGCCCAUUUCCACACACUCCCUGGAGUCAACAGGCCCCCCAGUUGGGAAGAAGGGAACCUCAGCUUUGUCUGCCCUGCUGGAGAUGGAGGCAAGUCAGAAGUGCCUAGGAGAACAGCAAGCAGCUGUGCAUGGUGGAAAGAGCUCUGCCCAGCCAGCUGAGAGCAGCAGCGUUGCCAUGACUCCCACCUAUGUGGACAGCCCACGAAAGGACGGGGCCUUAUUUAUGGAGUUUGUCCGCAGCCCACGCACAGCAUCAUCUGCCUUCUAUACUCAGGUGUCUGUGGACCAAACAGUUGCUCCAGUGUUGGAUAGCACCAGUUUGGGGGUAAGCACUGGCCAAUCUGUGGACAGAGGCAACAGCCAGGCUUUUGGGAACUCCCAGAACAUAGAACAGGCCUUCCCCUCCACAAACUCCAGUGACAGCAGCUCUCAGCAGCAGGCAGCAAGUUCCUUGACAUCAUCCUCCACCCUGGUAGAGAUCCUAGAAGCCAUGAAGCACCCCUCGACAGGAGUGCAGCUGCUGUCUGAACAGAAGGGCCUCUCACCAUGCUGCUUCAUCAGUGCGGAGGUGGUGCACUGGCUGAUGAACAAUGUGGAGGGGGUCCAGACGCAGGCGAUGGCCAUUGACAUCAUGCAGAAAAUGCUGGAAGAACAGCUCAUCACACACGCAUCUGGUGAAGCUUGGCGGACCUUCAUCUAUGGCUUCUACUUCUACAAGAUAGUAAUGGAUAAAGAACCUGAUCGAGUGGCCACGCAGCAGCACACAGCAACUUGGCACACAGCAGGAGUGGAUGACUUUGCCAGCUUCCAGCGCAAGUGGUUUGAGGUGGCCUUUGUGGCAGAAGAGCUCUUGCACUCUGAGAUUCCUGCCUUCCUCUUGCCCUGGCUGCCCAGCCGACCAGCCUCCUAUGCAAGUAGGCACAGCUCCUUUAGUCGAAGUUUUGGAGGACGGAGCCAAGCAGCUGCACUUUUAGCUGCCACUGUCCCAGAGCAGAGGACUGUGACCCUAGAUGUUGAUGUGAACAACCGCACAGACCGGCUGGAGUGGUGUAGCUGUUAUUAUCAUGGCAACUUCUCCCUGAAUGCAGCAUUUGAGAUCAAACUACACUGGAUGGCAGUGACAGCUGCGGUACUCUUCGAGAUGGUCCAAGGCUGGCAUCGAAAAGCUACCUCCUGUGGCUUUUUGUUGGUCCCUGUUUUGGAAGGUCCUUUUGCUUUGCCCAGUUAUCUGUAUGGUGAUCCCCUUCGAGCCCAGCUCUUCAUUCCACUCAACAUCAGCUGCUUGAUCAAGGAAGGCAGCGAGCAUCUGUUUGACAGUUUUGAACCAGAAACAUAUUGGGAUCGAAUGCACCUUUUCCAGGAAGCCAUUGCACAGAGAUUCGGGUUUGUACAAGAUAAAUAUUCUGCCUCUGCUUUUAACUUCCCUGCUGAGAACAAGCCUCAGUACAUCCACGUUACAGGAACAGUGUUUCUGCAGCUGCCGUACUCCAAGCGCAAGUUCUCGGGGCAGCAGCGACGGCGGCGGAAUUCCACCAGCUCCACCAAUCAGAACAUGUUCUGUGAGGAGCGUGUUGGCUACAAUUGGGCCUACAAUACCAUGCUAACCAAGACUUGGCGCUCCAGCGCCACGGGGGAUGAGAAAUUUGCUGAUCGGUUACUGAAGGACUUCACGGACUUCUGCAUCAACUGUGACAACCGGCUGGUCAUGUUCUGGUUGAGUUGUCUGGAGAAGAUGCAUGCCAGUGCCCCAUGAAGCCAGGCUGCACUGGGCUUGGAAGGAUGUGCCCAUGCUGGAGAAAGAGGAUCCGAGUCAGGCUUUCAGCAUCAGGUGUUAGUUUGCCACUCUCUGUGAGUGGGGGCCGUAGCAUCUUUAUGGCCUUCCCCGAGUGUUCUUCUAUUCCAGGAGAAAGACUUUGGAAGCAGCUGCUACCACCACUGAGAUCCUGUCAGCAAGUGCCCAGAGCAAGAGGGAGACACAGAUUAUCCGUGGGAGGGCACUGCAGUGUCUGGAAAAAUGGGUAGGCAGCCCCCCAUGAAUGUCCUGGGAGAGAAGGAAGCUCCUAUUAGUGUCCUUUUCCUCCACAAUUCAUAGGAUAAUCUGAACAGAAUCUGCCGCUUCCUGCCCAGAAGUAUGCACAGUGUGUAAGAUAAUUAUGUGAAAUAAUGUACCAUAGAUCACACCAGCUGUAUAUACCUGUACAUACAUAUGAGAAGCAAAUAAAACUUCAUGUGCAGCAUCUC